UUUCAAUAUACCAACUAUACAGAAAUCCGAGACCGUGGAGUUCGAUUUAAUUUCUUUUUGUGAAAUUUGAAACCGCUGGCUAGGAACACACUUCCCAACGACACUUAUUACAUUUGUAGCUGCAGUUAUCUACCGACGCAAUAAACCGGAAACGAAAAUUUUAAUUGGAUCUUCAGCAACGUUAGGAGGUGGUUACACGUGUAAAAAUGUCUUAUGACAUCAUCGAAACUCCAUGUCUGGGACGCGCCUUUAAACCGGGGAUGCUGUACGACUGUCGCAGGGAUAUGCUGGUGCCAUCAUUGACCUUGUGGAACCCACAAAAGCUGAAAAGCGAACUCAACUCGCAGCCUCAGCUGUACACAAACUGUGAAAUGAUCCUGAACGACACUAUAAGCGAAAAGUCAUCAAAACUCGGUGUGGACGCCGAUCUUAAGCUCAGCUUUUUGGGAGGUCUGGUAUCGGUUUCCGGUUCCGCCAGUUACUUGAAUGACACAAAAAAAUCAAGCCAUCAAGCACGGGUAAGCUUAAAAUAUUCGAUGCUAUCGCGUUUUGACGAGCUGACGAUGGCGCAUUUGGGUCCCGGUGACAUCGAGCAUCCGCAUAUAUUCGAAGGCGAUGACGCAACGCAUGUUGUCACUGGUGUACUUUAUGGAGCCGACGCAGUGUUCGUGUUCGACCAGGAUGUUGGAUCAUCUGAAGAAGUCACGAAGGUGUCUGGGAAUCUGCAGGCGUCCGUGAAGUCGCUCGUCGGAAGCAUCGAAGGCGGUGCUAAUCUCGACUUUAAUACCGGAGAGAAGGCAGAAUAUAAAGGCAUCAGAUGCACGUUCUAUGGAGAUUUUCAUUUGAAACAAAAUCCUAUCAACCUUUUGGAUGCAAUGAAGGUUUACAGCGACCUUCCUUCCUUAAUAGAACAAAAUGGUCCGGUGCCGAAAAAAGUAUGGCUGUAUCCUUUAACAAAAUUAGACAGCAAGGCGGCAAAGUUAGUACGUCAGAUAAGUUUAUCAUUGGUGACUCAAACGGAAAAGAUCAUGGAAAGUCUAAAUGAGGCAGACAUGCUGACAAACGAUUUAAUCAAGUCAUGCCAUCCAAUGUUGGAUGGACUGAAGUUUCAAGCCGAAACAUUCAAGCGGUUAGUUACUGAAUUCAAGACUACCUUCCAGAAACAGCUUGUUCCUAUUUUGCCCAAAAUACGCGGCGGAGGCAUUGAAGAAGCAACUUUGGCCGAAGUUCUUGAAAACGUUAACCGGUCACCAUUUUCGCCUGCACUUCUGCAAAUGUGGCACAAAAGAAAGCAUGUUGAAGUCAGCACAUUCAACUUCAUAACCGCGCAGAUCAAGCAGUCUCUUGAAAAUACGAAUGUUCUAAUCGCAACCCAGCAGGCGGAAGUGGAAGAAAUGCUUCUCAGUUUUGAGCACGACAUCGUUCUCGCUCUGGUUUUUGAAGCCGGGACACAUUCAGAUCCCUUCUUAGAACAACUGGAAAAUAGCCUUCGCCACACUCCAAACUUGACAACCUUAAGCAGUACUCUGACAGCAGUCACAGCACCUCUCAGAAAUAAUGCCGCUAAUAAUCGAAAUGCAGCAGUUCGCAAAAUGUCGAAAGAUUUCAUUGAUUUUGUUCGGGAUAACACGGGAUCGAAGAAAGUGAAAUUUAUUGUUUAUGCAGAAGGAGAAUGCGGGGAUGGUGUUGCCUACCCCCGCAUGGUGUUACACGAUCUACAAAAUGGAGAAGUUAUUCCGUUUACUCCACCGAGCGUCCCUGGUAUGCCGCAGUGCAAAUGGGAAAAAACUACCCCAUCGGCUAAUCUUGAGUGGUAAUUACCUGAACACGGUCUGGAUCAUGUGGUUGCAUAUAAAAUAGAAUUUAUUGUCGAUGAAGUGGGCAACGACUGGACAAAAUGCAAGGAGUAUACGACAACUAGUUCUACUCCACAAGCCGUUAUCGAUGGGCUGGACCCCGAAGAAAGCCACGUUUUCAGAGUGCGAGCCGUUACCCGCGCAGGUCUUGGGGCUGCAAGCAAAGAUAGCCAUUUAAAACCGCGACUCGAAAACACGUUGACCUUCGCAGGCAGAGAAUGGAUCAUUCUGCAUGACAAAAGCCCAGAACAGUAUGCGAGGGGUGUUUUCAAAAAGGAAAACGUGUUUGUCGAUCAUCAAGACCGGUUACAUCUGAAGCUAACGUUCGUCGACGCCAAGUACCAAGGCACGUAUGGUAUACCGCGGGUGGUGACCACGGAGCUAUUAGGUCCUGGUCGUUAUGAGUUUGUUGUAGAAAGUCGUUUCUAUGACUGUCAGACUUUUCCAAACCUAGCCAUAUACAGUGGUGGACCGGAUGAACUAACGUACAAUCGGAAGUUUAAGGAUUCAAAUCCUUACGGCGGUCAUUCCGUAACGUCCGUCAUCGGUUGGCCUGAUUUUCAGAAAGGCACUUACAGUUUUCAAGCCUCCUUAGACAAUCCGGAAUAUGUGUUAGCCCACUCCGGAAAAGGACUUGGAAAGGCCGUGAUUAAACACUCAUACGACUGGCAGACCGACAAAGUCGUUUUCACGACCGAGACGGCCAGCGGCCCUCUAAUUACGACUCUUUCUCCCGAGAAUCAUGCGCAGGUUUAUCGGAAUAUGGGGGUAGAGGCCAGUGGCCCUAUUAGCAGGAAUCCUGGGCAUAUUUUUCGGAAGCCCGUUCCGCUUGUUAUAACAGUAGUUCCGCAAGGAACUUAUCCGAAAAUCAAAGAUGAGGUCGAAUUUAUUAUUCAUUCUUUCAAG